AUGCAGCAGCAGCCGCCGCGCAGCCUGCUGCAGCCCCCCUCCUCGCAGCAUCAGCAGCAGCAGCAGCAGCAGCAGCAGCAGCAGCAGCAGCAGCAGCGUGUGUGUCUUGCUUCUCCAGACUGGCCCUCAGGGGGCCCCCCGGGGGAAGCAGCAGAGGGGGCCGCGAGGUUCUGCGCGUUCUGCAAACUGGAGCAGCAAGUGGCUGCCAUUCACCGGAAGGAAGCAGCAGCAGAAAGGGAGGACAGGGGCCCCCGGGGGGCCCCCUGGGGGGGCCCCCAGGGCUUCGCGCCGAACCUGCUGGCAGGGUACAUCCGACCCUUCAUUUGGAAGGCCUUUCGACCCGGAAGACAAGAAGACGCUCACGAGUUCUUCAGGUACUUGAUAGACGCUUUGAUGAAGGCCCCUGCGAGUGCAGCAGCAGCAGCGCUGCAGCAGCAGCAGCAGCAGCAGCAGCAGCAGCAGCAGCGCAAGGAGGUCAAGCCCGAGGUCGCUCUCACCAGCUACUUCGGCCGCCUCUUCGGCUUCUGGCUCAGAUCUUCUGUUGUCUGUACAGAGUGUGGAAAGGCCUCCGUCAGGUUCGAAAGUGCUGUAGACAUUCCCCUGGACUUGGGGGCCCCGGGGGCCCCGGGGGCCCCCGGGGGCCCCGGGGGGCCCCGGGGGGGCCCCCCGGGCUUGGGGGGCCCCCGCUGGGGGGGGCCCCCGGGCUUGGGGGGCCCCCGCUGGGGGGCCCCCCCGCAGAAGCCCCUCGCCCUCGAAAAGGCCCUGCAGAGGUUUGUGGCCAAGGAAACCCUCAGCGGCAGCAACGCCUACAUGUGCAGCAGGUGCGAGCGGAAGGUGAGUGCUGAGAAGCGGCUGGAGCUGUUCAGCAGUCCUUCAGUUUUGGUUUUUGCUUUGAAGAGAUUUUCAAUUUCUUUUUUUAAAGAAAGUUUUUUUCCAACAAAAAACCACCGCCCAGUUGCUUUUCCCGCGCGCCUCAACCUGGCCCCCUUCGUGCCUCCCGACGCGGCGCAGCAGCAGCAGCAGCAGCUGCAGCAGCAGCUCCUCCGGCUGCUGCAGCAGCAGCAGCAGCAGCAGCAGCAGCAGCAGCAGCACGCGGCAGCAGCAGAUAAGAAGACGCUCUCGGCCGCCUCCACCACCGCCUCUUCGCCCGCGGCUUCGCCGCCCCACUCCCCCAGCCCUUCCUUCCCCGCUGUGCGGCUUGCUGCUGCUGCAGCAACUGCAGCAGCAGCAACUGCAGCAGCAGCCAAGGCAGCAGCAGCAAAGGCCGCAGAGGCAGACGCAGACGCAGGCGACAGCGCCCUCGACGAUCCAGCAGCAGCAGCUGCAGCAGCAGCUGCAGCAGCAGCAGCAGCAACAGCAGCAGCAGCAAGCCCGUCUUACCAGUACCGCUUGUUCGCUGUAAUAUCCCACUCCGGGGCCUCGCUCUCCUCCGGCCACUACCGCGCCUUCGUGCGGCUGCCAGCAGCAGCAGCAGCAACAGCAGCAACAGCAGCAGCAGCAGCAGCAGCAGCUAGCCAAGGGGCAGCGGAAGCAGGCAGCUGGCUAGCCAUAGAUGAUGAAGUCGUUUCAGUAGUUAGCGAAGCAGCAGUUUUGAGCCGACUGCAGCAGGAAGCUUAUUUGCUGUUCUACGCAAAGUUGCCCUCGGAAGGGGAGGUGCAGCAGCAGCAGCUGCUGCAGCGCAGCAAGCUGCUCAAACAGCAGCAGCAGCAGCAGCAGCAGCAGCAGCACAUUGAGGCGGAGGACGACAGCAGCCUCAGCAGCUUCGCAGACGACGCCUCUGACUUCAGCAUCAGCGAAGACGAGUGGAGCGACAGCAGCAGCAGCAGCAGCAGGAGCAGGAGCAGCUGCAGCAGCAGAAGCAGCUACAGCAGCAGCUGCAGCAGCAGCUGCAGCAGCACGGCCUCAGAAGCAGAAGCUGCUGCUGCAGCAGCAGCUUACCCCCUGGUGCGGCAGCUGCAGCAGACGCGGCAGCUGCUGCUGCUGACAAACAGCCGCAGACGCAAGUUGCUGCUGGCUGUUCGCUGCCGCCUCAUUUUAAGCAGCAUGCGGCGGCUAAAAGAUUGCUACAGGAAGCAGCAGCAGCAGCAGCAGCAGCAGCAGCAGCAGCAGCAGCACCAUAGGAAGGUGCAGCGGCAAGAGCGGCGGCAGCUGCAGGAGCAGCAGGUGCAGCCUCUGCUGCAGCAACAGCAGCAGCAGCAGCAGCAGCAGCAGCAGCAGCAGCAGCAGCAGCCUCGUCGCAUAUCUGUCAUGACGCCUGAAAUGAUGCUGAAGCGAAAGGAAGCAGCAGCAAGUCGCUCGCAGCAACUUGGCUGCAGCAGGACAGUUUCUUGGGAAGAGGACGAGGCAGCAGCAGACGCAGGCGCAGCAGCAGCAGCAGCAGCAGCAGCAGCAAAGGAGCAGCAGGCGUUCGAACGGCUGCAGCUGCUGCAGCAGCCGCUGCCGCAGAAGCGCAGCAGACACGACAGAGAAUAUGAUUUGGGAAAGUUGAAAAAGAUAAAAGACAAAAACAGAAAUAAACCUGUGGGGGCGGCUGCUGUAGUCUUGACGCAGCAAGACAGCACUGCGGGGGCCUUUUUGGUGCAGCAGCGGCUAGCCUUUGACCAGCUGCAGCAGCAGCAGCAGCAGCAGCAGCAGCAGCAGCAGCGGGGGGGGCCCCCCAGGGGGCCCCGCAGGGGGCCCCACAGAGGGCCCCCGGGCUCUUUUCGAAAGAAAAAUAAACACAGCAGCAAAGGCAGGGGGCCCCAUAAACGCAAAAGGGUUCAAAAAGGGGUUUGGGGGGGGGCCCCCUGA